UGUAGACUCACUUGCCGAAAAUGGCAGGAAUUUUGAGUGAGUAAUGUGUGAUCUUGUUUGCCGCUUGAGGAAAGUUGAAAGCAUUUACCAAGUGACUACCACAUGAGAAGCCGCAGUGGAAGAGUAUAGCACAAUUUAUGGAUUCUGCCACACUAUGCUUGUUGCUGCCUCGUGUUUUACUUGUUUAUUCCAGAUCAUACGCAGUAGUUCUGGUGCAGUGUUGAUUAAAUAUUUAUUGUGCCCUUCUAGUUUCGUACUUGGAAGAGUGUCAUUGUUUGCAUAGUAAAAAAUGAGUGUUGAAUUUUGGGCUGAAUUCUUCCAGGCAGCUGGCUUGGAACCUGCAGUGGCUGCAUCAUAUGCUAACAUAUUCUUUGUUAAUAAAAUCCAACCAUCUCAUUUACCUGAUAUUGAUAGAGAUGCCUUGAGGGAAAUGAAUAUAACACCAAUGGGAGAUAUUUUGACAAUAUUGAAAUAUAUUAAAAUUUCCUGUCCUUUGGUGUCAUCUUCUACUACAACUAUAUCAGGAAAUGAGCAAAUGUUACUGUACCAAGGAGACAUACUGAAGCCUCAAGCACAGUUCAGAAAUAUACAAGAUCCUAAAAGUGGGUGUAGUGGUCAAAACCAGUUUGGAUGUGACACACAACAUACAAUCACACAAGCUGAAAAAUCAUUUCUGUCAAGGUUAUCACCUUCAGCGUGCCAGAUUCAGCCAUUGCCAUCUGCCACUACCACUGUUGUUCGUGAAUCCCCGCUGAAUCUAAUACUGCAUGGGAAUUCCAGCUCAAAGAAAGACACUGUGAGUGAAAAUUGUGAGUUACAAUGUGUAGAGAUGCCAGACUGUGAAACAAGUCAUGGCAUUCUUUCCAGUUCAAUAAAUUCAACAGUAUCCUGUGAUACACCUGAAGCAACAAGUAACAUAUACAGCAUUUCACCUGACAAACUUGAUGGCUUGAAAUACAAAUUUGAAUCAGCCAUGAAUGUUGAAUGCUUUGAACAGCAGCAACCUUUGUCAUUUAGUCCACCUGUUGCGCCAAAUACUUCAUUACAGUACAACAAACAUGGGAAAAUAAAUUGUGUGUAUAAUACCAAAGAAACACUUCCUCGUAGGCCAUUAGUGGAGAGAUCAAAACAAGAUUGCAGCCAGAAUAUUGCAUCAGAAAUGGCAUAUACAAAAUGUGCAAUGAACCAAAGGUUUUCCAAAGAAAAAAUUAUCGUUCCAGGAGGGGUGACACCUUAUCAGAAACGGUCGGUGUUCGAACGCUUAGGUCGGCGGUCAGAUGUGAAGGAAGUGUGGGUUAAAAAGAGUUACAAACCAUUUAGACAGAAUCAACAAUGUAGAAGCGAAUUGAGACUAAAAGCUACUCCUCAGAGGGAUAAUGGUAUAAUGAGAAGUAAUCAUGUAAGGAAAAAAUGGCAGUGUAGUUCCACAUAUGAUGAUCAGCUGAAUAACAACACAGAAUCUGUAAAUAAAAUGGCUAUGGGUCCUGAGCCUUUACGUGAGGAGAGUUUGUGUUUACAAAGUAAAACUUACAAUGAAGACACCAACAAAGCACUUAUUUCAGCAAGUCACUCAAAUAGUGAUAAAACUGCAUCUAAGCAUAGCACUGUUAACAACAAAAAACAGUUACAAGGUGUUUCCAAUGAUAAUUUAAAUGGUGCUGGUCCAUCUGAUACGGACAGAAAUGAUAUUUGCCAGAAUUCGCCUCAAGAACUACAUCAAGAACUACAUAGUGUUCAGGAAAGUCCACGUUCUUCGACAUCAAGAAUUCUGCUUACUGAGCCACAAGAUGGAAAUACCACCAGAUCAGCUAGUGACAAUGUAAAAUUGUCUCUUCAAGAAACACUUACAAGAGAUCCAGAUGCUAUCUUAUUAACUCAUACACCACAAAAUGAAGAUCCAGAAUUGACGAACCUGAAAGAUCCUACUCUCACACGGCAUACAGAGCAGUUCUACCUAGCUUGGGCUGAUAGACGAAAGCGUGCCCACUCAUUUCCUGUUUUCAAGCCAAGUUUCUUGCAAGUGUCAUAGAGGAAAUGUGAAACACUCAACUUGAUGUUCAGGGCUCAUUCUUUUUUUUCCAUUUCAAUGGUCUCAGAAAUUACAUCUGAAGAAGUUACCUUCAAGUAAUCAUCACAUAAUAUGAAUAAGUAUUUUCAUAAGAUAUACUGAAUGUUGUGUUUUAUACAUUAAUUUUAAUAUUGUUCAUAUAUAUCUGUUCAAAAGAAAAUAUGAUUACAUGCCUGCUUUAAACAGGCAAAUUAUUUUUUUCUAUAAGUUUCAAUGUUUAUAUUUUUUGUACUCUGAAUUAAAAAUUUUAUGAAUGGAGAAAAAUACAAAAACUCUCAAAAUUA